AUGGCGAUCGACGUGCCUGCGAGCGCGAGUGUCGUACGCGUGAGGCUCGUCCUCACCGUGGCUCGCACCGGCGUCAGUGCGGGUAGUCGGCCGUCCGCGAGCUCUGAUUGCGACGAGUGCGUCUAUUGCCUCGACAAGCCGCGGCUCGGUGGACCCGGCAUCAAGCGUCAAAAGUGUGUGCUCAAGGGGAGACCGAAGGCGCAAGUCUACUCGGCAGCCGCGCGCAUGCGCACGCACGACGCCGACUCAGACGCAGUGCUCGCGCUGCCGGCCAAGCGGC